GAAAAGCAAACAUUGGUGGCAGCGCUGCAAAGGAAGCUGAGCUCUUGAAGCGUCAGUACAACGUUGAAAUAUAUUGCGUCGGAAUCACAGGUACAUUGCAGAAGGAUGCAUUGGAGAGACUCGCCUCCAAUCCUAUCGGCGAACACCUGUUUAUUCUACGCGAUUUCGACGCUCUCAAAUGGCUCGCUGAGAAACUCACAAAUGGCACCAUAGACUAUGGCGAAUGCGGAAUUAGCUACAGCCAUAACAUCACAAGCGGUUUUUAUUAUGACGACUCAGCGGCCAAGGGACGAAUCCUUCACGGGGAUAAAGUAGUGACAACUUGGCCUUGGAUGGUCGAGUUAAGACUGAAAGACCAGACUGACAAGGUUGCCUGUGGAGCUACCAUUAUAGGCAAGAAAUGGCUCUUGACAGCGGCCCACUGCUUGCACCCUAAAGCGAAUCCCCAAAAGCAUUUCCAGCCUGCUGACUUGAGGAUACGAGCAGGACUCAUCAACAGAAAGAAUUCUUCGGUGGCAAAAGAGCUCUUCGUUCAGGCUAUCGUGCGGCACGAGCAUUAUAAUUCAUCGACGUACCACAACGAUAUUGCCCUGCUCCAGCUAAAAGAUGAGAUCAAAUUCGAAGCCACAAUACGACCCAUCUGUCUACCACCAGCCAAAGGAAAACUGGAGAAAGAUUCCGACUUCUACAAGCCUAGGAAAGAAGCUUUUGUUAUCGGCUGGGGAGUAGAAAAUCCCGGAUCAUCUGCGUCCGCAGAACAAUUGAUGCAACUGAAAAUGUCUAUUGGUAGGGAAGAAGACUGCCGGAAGAAGGACAGCGAAAACUACGACCCUAAUUUAAUGAUGUGCUCGAAAGCCAAAGUUGGGGACACCUGCAGUGGUGACAGCGGUGGACCAUUAAUGCAGGGAGUUCAUCGCGAAGAAAACGUAUGGACCCAGGUCGGUAUUGUAAGCUGGGGUAAAGGAACAUGUAGCAACAACACGUACUCCUUUUUCACCGACGUUUCCUACUACGUGGAUUGGAUCGAUCGUCAGAUGAAGAGAGCAGUGCCAGUUGUGGCUCAAGCAGUGCUCAACGCCAGCACACCAUCACCAGCGGAAAUUCGUCCAUAGAUGUUAUCAGUGUGUGAAAUAAUAAAUGGAACAGUCAGGUGCUGGAGGGCUACAUAGAUGUUCUUUCCUUUCUGCAGGCAU